CUUUUCCAGGUAUGCUCCCGGAGGAAUAAACCCAUUGCAAGGACUCUAAGGAGAGAAUGUUUCCAUAGCAAUGGGAAAAGCCGCGCGACGGUCAGUUGCGUCAGAUCCGUCGUCGCCGACCUUACCCUACCACUACCAACAAGAGCAGCAGCAGCAGCAGCAGCAACAACAACACCAUCAGCGGCAAGUGCAUCCGCAAGAGCACUUGUACUAUCCCUCGUCCCUGUCCUACUCCUCCUACACGCCUUCAUCACCGUCCUCACCGUCGGUGUCAGCUUACGCGGACUCCUUCGCCGGUGCUAGCUACCCGGUUCCGUCACUCGCCUUUUCAUCCACUCCUGCCGGUCCACAGCUGCAGGCGCCAAGAACCGCAACACUCCAGUCGGGUCCACCGACAUUCGGUUCCUCGUCGCUAGCACCGGGCGGACCAGUCGAGCCAGGGUCCGGUGUGAACGAUCUGUUCCUGCAUUCGUCUACAGCGGCCACACCCAACAGCAAUAUCACACCGAAGUUUAGCAACCAAACGCAGGUCGACCGGGAACGGGAACGGCUCAGGAUGGAGUUUUACGCUACGUACGACGUGAUGACCGGCGUCCGGAUAGCGGCCACGCUCGGCGGUUUCUUCGGCCUAAUGGUGUUUCUCGUCAUCUACAAGAGCCGCACGCGGUCAACGGCCAAAGCACUCAAGGAUCCAACGAUAGCGGCCGUCGCGGCCGCCGUCAUACAGGAGGAGGAAGAGCGUGAGCUACAGGAAGCGAUAGAGGCGACCGCAUUCUCGUUACUACAGGAAGAGCUAAACAUCAACUAUCCAGGGCUACAGCGCGAUCGUUUACUAUCGCUCGGUAACAUUAGUGCACCGCCGAUGCUAAGCCGUGGCCGCCGUAUGUCCUCAAUCAGUGGCGGUUACAGCAGCUUGCUAAAUCCUUCGCGACGCUUCUCGUACAGCAGUACGCGGGGACACCGGAACAGUGUUUCGGUGUCCUCGCGGGUACUCAGUGCCUACAAUAUGGGUGGCAGCUUCGGACAGGACGAUUAUGUGCUCGAGAGUGACGGCGAGGAGGCGGACGAUGAGUUUGACCAGUUUACCACGACCGCCGAGAUUGGAUAUCCGAGCAAUUAUCUUUCUGUGCCGAAUAAGUGCAACGAAUCUCGCCGCAGCAGUGCGAUGACGUGCUGCAGUACGGAGAGUUCCUUCCUCGAGCGAAGAUGCUCCGCCAUCACGCUCGGCCUUUCCUCCUUACCACCGAUAUCGCGUUCGCCGUCGAGGCAGCAGAGCCGCGAUGACACGACCGACUGGGAACCGUUCUAUCCCGGCAUCAACAUCAUCGAAGCGACGCCGAAGUCGUCGCCAUGUCCCAGCGAACGCAUUGCGCACCGAAUCCACGGCACGGAUUCGGAACGCCCAUCGACCAGCCGGGGCAGCAGGACGAACCAGCUGCUUACUCCGCAACCAUCAACAUCGGGUGGAGGGCCACGAGUAAUCUCCGCCCCACUGUAUGAUGACAGUUCGAUCGACUGCAUUUCGGAGUAUCCGAUCGGUAGUACGCUAGAGGACGGCUUCGGGUACCGUCAGCGACAGCAAGCAUCUAGUACAGCGUCAACUCGCCACUACGGUAACGGACGAUCGGAUGAAAUUAGUUUAGCGAACGGAAGUGUACUGCACCAGCCGAGAACGGUGAAUGUGGCCGAAACUCGGAACGCCACCGUUCACACCAAUACCAGUAGUAAUAGCGCAAAUAUUAAUCACGCAAGCGGUAGCAGUGGCGCUGUACGUCGUGCUCCGUUAGCUUCGCUCAGUUCCUUCAAGAUGUCCUCGAUCGACUGUCAGGAUACGGAGCCAAAGAGUUGUGGUUCAGAUUCCGUAUUUGGGGAGGAUAGUGGGGCGGAUACGGAUGAAGAUCUGCAACAGUUCAGCACGGAUAGUGACGAGCUGAGCCUAACGAUGCCAUACGAAGACGAUGAGGAAUCGCACCAGCAGCAGCGAAUACAGCGAGUGGGUCCUAGCCGCGGUUCGCUUUACCGUCGACAGUCAACACUAGCACAGGGUGACGAUGAGGAUGAGGACGAUGGAACACUAUUGCCACGGGACGAUGUACGACCGCAUGGUGGAACGGAGCCUUUGUCCGUGUACGAACUCGAGCACGAGCUCAAUGAUCGGCAGCAGCAUCAAAUGCAUCAGGUGCCGACAACCGAUACUAGUUAUUUAAGUAGUCUUUCAAUUAGCCACCGCUCCGGCACGAAGGCCAGUGCGGGCUCGAGGUCAAGCGAACGGAGUGGACCGGGCGUGGGGAAACGCAUCGAAACGAAAGCAAUCAUCGAAAGACAGCAACCAAAUGACAGUGGCAGCAAUCAACCAAGGCAAUCACCGCUCGGCGCCAUACCGAAGGUACCGCUCGAGACGGACCGAAAGCGAACGAUGCUGCAGACGAGGACACCAUCAACAACGACCACAACAGCAACAACGGUGCCACCAACCGUAACGGUGCACCUGCCGGAUGACGAUCGACCGUGCGGUAGCAGUAGUAGUAGUAGACGUAGCGAACCCGGCCCCAGCACACGACCCGGGAGUUCUGGCGUGACGCGGCAACAGCAUUGCGUUGAGGUGAAUGUUAUCAUUAAGAACAGUAGCAGUAGCAGCAGCAACAACAACAACAACAACACCACCAUUAAAAGUCCUUCUGUGAUUCUGGAACUACCGAUACUGGCGAUCGACGAGGAUGAGGAUCCAUCCUCGUCCGCACCACCUCUGUCGGCGAACGAUCCCUGCAUUCCGGGACCCUCGAGAAAGUGGUCCAAGGAGACGCUCUUCUAGUCACGGGCCACACCUCUGUACCUUCGCUGUUUCUCACCUCACACCGAUCGAUCUGUCAAUCCGUCCAGAAGAUACUCCAAGCUCCCUUCGCUG